UCAGAGACCAAGUUUUAUGAAGUGUCUAAAAGGGUCACAACACAACACAACUCAACUUCACCCAAGUGCUAUUGCUAUCUAUUUUUCUCUCAACUGAACUCUCAUCACUCUCUCUGAAUAGCUUUUUAGACCAUACUGAAUCUAUGGUUUAGAAGAGGAGAAGACUGUUAAAAUGCAAGGAGGAUUGCGAGUGUUCUUAUCACAAGGAAGUGUAGUAAAAAAUGCUGUUUUGCAAAGAAUCCGCAUGGCAAGUCCCCUACUGCAGCCAGUUGGGUCUUCGCGGUUUGAGUCCGGCGCGCCUUCUCGGAUGGAAGAGCAGGGUUUCGAGAGCACCACAGUUGCAGACAUCUUGAAAGGGAAAGGAAAAAGUGCAGAUGGAUCCUGGCUUUGGUGCACCACAGAAGACACCGUUUAUGAUGCUGUUAAAUCGAUGACACAAAACAAUGUUGGAGCUUUGGUUGUGGUGAAACCUGGUGAGCAGAAAUCAAUUGCUGGAAUUAUAACAGAAAGAGAUUACCUCAGGAAGAUCAUUGUUCAGGGAAGAUCAUCAAAGUCCACCAAGGUUGGGGAUAUUAUGACUGAAGAGAACAAACUUAUCACGGUCACACCCGAUACAAGAGUUCUGCGAGCGAUGCAACUGAUGACAGAUAACAGAAUCAGACACAUUCCUGUCAUUAAUGAUGAUAGUGGGAUGAUAGGCAUGGUGUCCAUCGGUGACGUGGUUCGCGCCGUGGUGAGCGAGCAUCGGCAAGAGCUUGAUCGCUUAAACGCUUAUAUACAAGGAGGUUAUUAGAUGAUGAUGAUGAUGAUGAUGAUGAUGAAAAUGGAUUAUGUAAUAAGGUUGAGGUUGGUUGAGUGGUUGUAGAUAUGUAAUGUUUUAGGCUAUAGAGAGCCAUCUUUGUUUGCUUCUUUAAUCUUGAACUUCCCUUCAGUUUUAUGGAUAGUACUUGAAUUUUCAUGUUAAUAAUCACUACUGCAUAUGAAUGCAGUAUGGAAUUCUGUUCU